AAAAGUUGCACAACACCUUUGAAAACUACGCUGAGCGGGCACACACACACACACACACGCACACAGUCGGAUAGCAGCGAACGCCGGUCAGGAUUUAAAUCUCACCUCCUCCUUCUGUUCAACGCGUCUCUGUCCAGCGCUGGGAUCGAUAGGAAUCAUGUCAUCCGGACACUUCAACAAAGGACCCGCGUACGGGCUCUCCGCUGAAAUUAAAAACAAGCUAGCCCAGAAGUAUGACGCCCAGAAAGAGGAGGAGCUUCGGCUGUGGAUCGAGGACGUGACGGGCAGGAAGAUAGCGGGGGGCUUCAUGGAGGGGCUGAAGGAUGGGGUGGUGCUGUGCGAAUUGAUCAACAAACUGCAGCCGGGAUCAGUCAGAAAAAUCAACCAGUCCACACAAAACUGGCACCAGCUAGAAAACAUUGGUAACUUCAUCAAGGCCAUCACAGAGUAUGGUUUGAGACCCAACGAUAUUUUCGAAGCCAACGACCUCUUUGAGAAUUUUAACCACACCCAAGUCCAGAGCACUCUCAUAACGCUGGCAGGAGUGGCCAAGACCAAAGGUUUCCGUUCCAAGUUUGAAGUGGGGGUGAAGUUCGCUGAGAGGCAGCACAGACAGUUCAACCCAGAGCAGCUGCGGGAAGGACGAAACAUCAUUGGACUGCAGAUGGGCACCAACAAGUUUGCCAGCCAGAAGGGCAUGACAUCGUAUGGGACCCGACGCCACCUGUACGACCCCAAGAGUGGCUCGGAGAAGCCCAUGGACCAGUCGACCAUCAGCCUCCAGAUGGGAACCAACAAGGGAGCCAGCCAGUCUGGUAUGACAGCCCCUGGCACCAAGCGUCAGAUCUAUGAGCAGAAGCUGGGCAUGGAGAAAUGCGAUUCCAUGAACGUGUCACUCCAGAUGGGCACCAACAAGAUGGCCUCCCAGCAAGGCAUGACUGUCUACGGGCUGGGGAGGCAGGUCUACGACCCCAAGUACUGCGGCAACGGAGAGCAACUAAACCUCUCCGAGGAUUACAACUCUCACAACUCCCAAGAUUACUGCGACUAGCCUGGAGGGGGCGCCACAGACUCAAAACCCCAGCGCCACGAGGCAUGCCCCCCCCCCCCUCACUGAAACAGCCAGGAAGCGUGACAAAAAUAUAUUGUGGCAAAAAAGAACCCCCUUUAACACUUACAUAUAAAUUGCUUUUUAUUGCAUUAGAUUUGAAGUUCUCUUGCUCCAGUUUUGAGUUCUGACCUUUUAUUCUUUCGGCUUUGCUUUGUCUGGAGAACUCUAAGUGCCAGGCACCAAACAGCCUUUCUGCUUUCCAUUCAAUCAUGUGACACUGGGACCAAAACCUGUAUUUACAGGUGGAGUCGGUGGGGCCGGCAGAGUUGAAAGGUCACGUUGUCACAUGUUUGGAAGGCCGCUGAGUCCCGGCACCUCUGAUUCUCCAGGUGAGCUCCGUGCCUCUCAGAGCCAGGUCAAGGCAGAUUGAGAGACCACGUGGAAGAUCUCAGUGUUGGAGUGACGGGUCUCAGACCCCUCAGAACGUCUGCAGACCUCAUCAGAUAGUAGCUGAGGUCACUUUCCCACGCAGACCAGAGCCUGCUUCGUAUUGCUCUGCUUGCAGCUCUCCCAGUUUUACUGCGAUUCUGGUGACGUUGCCACCGUGCUGUAGAUUAGAGUAUUAGCAGUUAAUCCUGUCUAAUGUGCCACUAGUUUCACCUUGGUUCCUUGGGGUCUAGAAUUUGCUCUUGUGACUGUGCAAACCUAUUUUAAAUGGAUUUUUUUUUUUAAAAGUACUUUGGACAUCUGGCUGUCUUUUAAAUAUAUAUAUAUAUAUAUAUAUAUAUAUAUAUAUAAUUUCAUUUUCUUAAACCUUUUUAUUCCAUUUAAAAAAAGCAAAAUGAUGCUUGAGGUGAAGUAAGAAUUCUUUUUUCAGCCUUUGCUAUUAUUAGCCCAGAACAUUGCCCUCACACAGGAACGCACAGCGUUACCAGCAAUGCAAACACAAUGGAGCCGCACAGCACCGUGAUCCUGAGCGCAGCCCUGCCUGCCUGCCUGCCUGGUACUGACACAGUGUGGACUGUGUGUUAUACCUUUAGAUCUCUGCAUCACAGUAUGAUAUCCCUGCGGUACCAUGCAGCCUAAAGCAGGCCACUCCCAUUGUAGCUGCUCAGUUGCCACUGCAGCCUGGUCAUGUGACUGGGCAGCUCUCCGCAGUUUCCUGUAAACCCGUCAUUGCUUUGGUCUGUGCUAGUCGAAUGUUUGAAACAGCCCAGAGUGUGUUCCAGCUGUCCUUUUGCGACGCUGUUCCGUGGCAGAGCUAUGUUUACACUCAGAUGGAAAACGGGCCUAGUUUGUUUACAUCCACCCCUGGUAGGUUUAGCCCGGGAGACACAUGCUCCUUCCGCUCCUCUGAAACGCGCUUGACACAGUUUUAGCCUUUAGAAGUGCCACUUGUUUUUUUUAUAAGACUUUUCAGGUUAUAUUUCUAAAACAUUACCAUGAAUGGAAAUGCAAUUUAACCCUAGAAUGCCCAUUUCAGCGGCGCAUAUCAGUGCUUAGCCCACCCCUCUAUAUUAGUAUUCUUUAAAUCCAGCCUCACCAGCCAGAAUGUUUCAUACGCAGAACAUGAUGUGUUUAGAAUAAGAGCAAGUAAAUACCCCUGCGUGGUCUUGACAUGCAUCAUGGCAUUUCAACACGGGACCACCUUUAGUUAUAUUCACAGCGUCAGAGCUGUUAACAUCACCCUCCUGUUCUCAUCACACUGAAAUAGCUGCAUGUAAUGAGACUCAAUGAGGACCAGGUUCUGAUUAUUAUUAUUUGUUUAUUUAGCAGACGCCUUUAUCCAAGGCGACUUACAGAGACUAGGGUGUGUGAACUAUGCAUCAGCUGCAGAGUCACUUACAACUACGUCUCACCCGAAAGACGGAGCACAAGGAGGUGAAGUGACUUGCUCAGGGUCACACAAUGAGUCAGUGGCUGAGGUGGGAUUUGAACCGGGGACCUCCUGGUUACAAGCCCUUUUCUUUAACCACUGGACCACACAGCCUCCUCCUGAUGAUAGCAGUGUUCACAGCCCGGUUCAUAUCAGUCACAUUGAAAUCACAGCUCUAUUGAAAAGCUCACACUUCAUUGCAAAUACAUUUUAUUUGUGUAUUUUAAUCAAUGCAAUAUCUAGUACUAUAUGUCAAGCUCCACAGCACAUUAUUAUAAAGCAAAAUCCAAUUUGCAAAGAUAUUUGUGAGCUCCGGAUCAUCACAUACCAGUAUCACCAUUAAUGUCCAGUGGCUUUGAGGUGGUAUUAAAAGGGAAAUGAGAAAAGAAAUUUGCUGGCACGCAGCAGCCAAUCCAAAUUGUACUUGAGCUUGUGUUGACUGGUGGGAGCAGAACAUUUCAGAUGUUAAAGUUAACAAUCUCGUUGGGUUUAAAAGAAUGCAACAUAAUUAUUCUGCCCCUCACCUAUUUUAAGGUAAAACACGAAGACAAUUGAAGCUGCACUUGCUAAAGUAAUCAGGCAUGUGUUUACACACAAGUGUAGUUAACUCAGGCAGGACUAGUGGCUUUGAACCCCGCUGAAAAGCUGUGUGGCUGACAUGAAUGGUGGCUCUGAAAUAUGUUAACUGAUGCGCUCUCUUUGCUGUCGAGAAUCGCUUUGUAUAUCGUUUUUUGUUUUAUUCAUCACACCCUGCUUACAAAGACAACUGAAAGCUCCCAUGUGGCCUCAAUGUAGCUCUCCAGAGUGCACCCAUUAACCCGUCCCUCCUGCAACACUGCCCCCCAGUGGAUUAUUAUUAUUUGUAAGUAUUUAUUUGGCAGACGCCUUUAUCCAAGGCGACUUGCAGGUGUUACAGGGCAGGCGUGGAAUAUAUUACAGUGUAGUUUACAAUAAGGGCAAAUACUACUUCUAAAAUACAAUAUGAACUAGGAUGCAGCCAGUUAUAACAAGUUAGAUCUACAAUGACCUAAUAGCAGUGCAAUAGUGCAUCAGCUGAGGAUCCAGUAACGUGGGGUUUAGAUCAGGGGAGUCCAGUGCAGAGUAUAGGGGCAGAUCUAGAAGGGCAGUCUAAAGAGGUGGGUCUUGAGGAGGAGGAGGAAGGCAGCGGGGGCAGCGUGGAGGUUAGCCGGUAACUGGUCCCACCGCUGUGUAAGAAAUAGCGCGUUUAUUUAGACCGGUGUGACGCAAACUGAAAAUGACAUGUAAAGUGAUUGAGAUCAGCAGGAACACCUUCGAUGGGAUAUUUCCAGUGAGAAAUGCUCCGACACGUGGAGAAAGAAUGUCACGUGUCUAACGUCAUGCACACAUGCAACGUCUUGUUCAUGUAUCAGCUUAUAAUUAAAAUGCAGGGACAUCCAAUAUUCAAAAGGAUAUGCAGGGAAAAAAAAGGUUCACCCUAACGUCUAAAUUGGUUUCAGUUUUGAUGAGAAUGCAUUUUGAUUAUGUCACCUGAAAAUAAAUAUGAAACAUGUUGAAUGUCAAUAAACACAUUUUUAAAUACCGAAAAAAA